AUGAGAGUCCUCAGUGUCGUCCUUGUUUUGGUGCUGUGUGUGAGCAGAGGAGCUCGAGGCGUGCAGGUUCAAGUUGGAGACAGGAGCUUCCCCUUGGAGGCAGUGAAGCAUCUGAAUGAGCUAAUGGAUUUAGACGACAGCGUUAGCCCUCACCUCGCUGGGACAAGCCUUGUAGCUGUUUGCGCCAACCCUCUCCUGCCGCAGGUCUUCCUGCCAGUGUGUCAAUGGAGGGGAGCAGGCAUUGUUUUCUCCAAACUAGCGUCUAUCGUCUCAUCCUCAGAUCGUUGUGAAAUAUGUGCCAACCCCUCCUGCUUUGGGUGUAUGAACUGAGGCUGCCAUCUGCUAGACACACAAACACUCCUGACUAAGAGCCUUUGGGGCCGUCGUCCUUCAUCGUUCUUUCACAUUUAUAUGUAUAAGGCGCAAAUAGACAUCGGCAAAACACGUCCGGUCACCUAGCAACCAAGCCCAACGGGUCUCCAAACUCGGAGAUCAACAUACUCAUUUUUAAAAGAUACGUACAGCUGAUUUAUUCACCAUUUUCUCAAGUUAUGGUAGAUGCUGUACAAGGACAUAGGCCCUUGUCAGUAAAGUGUCAAAGCAGAUGUUCUGCAGUGUUUAAAUAUUGCU